AUGGAAUUGAGCUGGAGAAUCCAUAGUCUUAACAAGGAUGGUUCACCUAAGCUCCACUAUAAUGAACUUCCUCCGGUGCCGCACAAGGACAGCGAUGUCAUUUUUGAGACAGCAGACUCGGUUGAUAAACCUCAGAAUGAGCUCAGUUCUCCGAGUAUAUCUCCUGAUUGGCUGACUAGCGCAUCCACGGGCGAAGAGCACAUCGCAUUCCCAAGUGAUACACUAAGCCCGUCUCCCCAAAAUGGCGAUGGCACCGCCAUGGAUUUCAUAGAUGGGGACUUUGCAGAUUUUGACCACAUUCUUGACUGGACACAUGAGAACAAUAAGCCCAGGGACACUCCCACUGAUCUGGUCGUUUCCCAUGACAACGGACUCCAUUCCUCUCCAGAACCCGCUCCCACUGCCGCUGCAACACAGCAAGACGAUUCCCUUGCCCGGUCGUUCCAACCGUCCGAGACACUCGAGAAGCCAGCGUCUCCCCCACUGAGUGCCUGCUCCUGCUCUGGUCACCUCUCGGCAUUAUUAUUCAAUCUCAGCGGCCACUUACGCCGGUACUAUCACUCUCUCUUCCUAGGUCCUCCCGGCGGUGACAGCAUGCAACUAGGGCGGAGUAUGUCUUUUAUGUUCGCCUACCAUGCGGGUGCCGCUCGGCUAGGGGAUGACCUGAUGGCUUGUGGAUCUCAAUGCAUGGCGCAAGACUCAAACACUGCCCAACUGGUCAUGCUAAUCGAGCAACUUGUGGACCUUUACGCUGGACUCAUGGAGCAGCUCCCCACAGUGUCAUACGCGACAGAGGAGCAUAUCGAUGCCAGCGUGGGAAUGGCGAUACCUGUGCUCGUGGGUGAGUACAUGGUUGAGAGUGUGGUGGAGAGAAGGAGUAUAAUCGCGCUACUAGUGCGCGAGAGGUUGAAGGCCACUGCAGAAUUUACGGCACGAGUUCGAGAGCGAUUACGGAACGUACCAGGACAAGCGGGACAGUGCCGCGAACGAUUGCAUGUGGCGAUUCAGAGGUUGGAGUUGCUAAAGGAGGGGUAG